AUGGAUUUACCUAUAGCAGCCAUUUGUACUGGUCUGGGACUGUUUUUCUACUUUUGGCUGCUCAUAUUCCUCGACGGACUCCUUGCUCGAUUGCUCGGUACAUCAAAAGGUCAUAUUCAUUAUUCGAGAGAGGAUCGUUACAAUCCUGAUACGAUUGACGAGUCCGCUGUGGCCAAACCACGAGCACCUACCGCCAAUUCCUUGACGGAUUUCACUCAGGAAAGUGUACGAGAUGUUAAGUAA